GCCUUCCGCGCAUGCCCGCUGGUCGGUCUCAACUGCCGCUGUAGGAAUAGUAAAAUAGCCGUCUCAAGCAAACAAAGUGUGAAAUCCGGAUUUGACGGGGGCUUAUAAACCCAAAGUGACACACAGAGAAACGCAGGAGGAAUUUUAUUUCUUAAAAAAAUAUAUUCUGCUCUCUUUUUUUUAGUCACCCAAGGACGGCAGCUACAGCAGGAGGAGGAGUUAGCGGCGUGUUUCCGCUAAGAGCAGGCCGAGACGGUAAUCUAUGCCGCCGCACUGAGAAUUACAAAACAGCGGCAGACCAGUUGCCAGCUACUGCGCGAAAUAGUUUGACUGAAAUUUGUUUAAUCUUCGGGGACUUUUGGUUGUUCGUAUCGGGAGGCUAAACAACGAGAGAGUGAGUGGCAGCUGGACUGUCAGCGAUGGAAGCUGAAUUUCGGGAAAUCGAUGAAAACGGCAGCUGGAACGCCAUUUAUCAGGAGAUUCGGCAGCAGUCGAGUGAAUUUCCUUGUAAGGUUGCCAAAUCACCUGAAAACAAGACUCGGAAUCGAUACAGAGACGUUAGCCCGUUUGAUCACAGCAGAAUACGUCUGCAGUUAGGUACAAAUGACUACAUUAAUGCCAGCCUAAUAACAGUAGAAGAGGCACGGAGGAACUAUAUCCUUACUCAGGGACCCCUACCAAGUACAUGUGGCCAUUUCUGGGAAAUGGUGUGGGAGCAGAGGACCCGUGGUGUAGUGAUGCUGAACCGGGUCAUAGAGAAAGGCUCUAUUAAGUGUGCCCAGUACUGGCCAGAGAGAGAGGAGAGAGAUGCCAUCUUCGAAGACACCAAUUUCAAGCUCACCCUUGUCUCUGAAGACAUCAAAUCUUAUUACACCGUCCGUCAGCUGGAGUUGGAAAAUCUGUGUACUCAAGAGACUCGUGAGAUUCUGCAUUUUCACUACACGACCUGGCCCGACUUUGGGGUGCCGGAGUCUCCUGCAUCUUUCCUCAACUUCCUGUUCAAGGUGCGAGAGUCGGGCUGUCUGAAUUCAGACCAGGGACCAGUGGUGGUGCACUGCAGUGCUGGAAUUGGGCGCUCUGGGACCUUUUGCCUCGUGGACACCUGCCUCUUGUUGAUGUCCCUACGUAAAGACCCGUCUUCAGUUCGUAUUCGCGAUGUGCUGCUGGAGAUGCGACGCUAUCGAACGGGCUUGAUUCAGACUGCAGAUCAGCUUCGGUUCUCCUACCUGGCUAUAAUUGAAGGUGCCAAGUACAUCAAGGGAGAUACUUCCGUGCAGGAGUCAUGGAGAGCGCAGUCCAACGAGGAAGAUGAUCCUCCCGAGUUCACCCCUCCUCCUCCUCUUCCUCCUCCCAGAGACCCUCAGAAUGGCAAAGCAGAGCCGUCCUUUUUCCCUGAAGAGAUCAUCCGAGCAACAGAGACCUACAGUCUGGGCUCCUCAGAAAAAGUUCGAAAAAGGAUGCCAGCUGCUGACUCCCAGCCUGCUGCUGACCUCCAGCACGCUUGUGACGGUGUUGCUCAGUCCGACGGCCAUUUGGAGAUCCACGAUGAUACCUCCUUUCCGAACAAAUCUGAGCAGCAGCCAAAGGAAAACUCUCCCAUGCCGGGGACUUGGUCCCCACUACUAACCAAAGUGUGCCUGUGCACAGCGCUGGCUCUCAGUGCUUUCGCCUGCUAUCGAGCCUAUUUCCACUGAUGCCCUUCUUCCCCGUCUCUCCACUGACGUUGCAAAGUGGACAAGGCUGACCAAUCAGCCCGCUUUGACUCUGCUAGGGGGUGGAUUGUUUGGUCUUCAGCAGAUUCACUUCCACUGGUUUUAAUUUUAUAAAUGCCGUGCGAGUGGUUGGCUGGCUGCCGACCUUAUGACCGACCCAAACUUUCUUUCUGCGUAUCAUCUUGGAUGCUCAGGGCCUCAGUUUUUCAGGUGUCACAUCCCAAAUAAUGUGUGCUGGCUUAAACGCAGACUCAGAGGGCUCUGCUGGUCUGUGAAUCAGGAUGAAUGACCUAUCAGCCCAUUUUUUGUCAUGAGUCUCUUCUCUUAUUUACCAAACGACACGUGAAUGUGUUCUUCCAUGUUAUUAGUAAAUCAUGAGCCCGUUAGGAUUUUGCUUUCUUUUCUUUCUUCUUUUGGUCAAACAAACAGAUCAGAAAUCAUAGAACCAGAUUUAUGACCAGCCUGUCUGAAAAUAUGCCAGUGUGGGAGAAACCUUAUUUGUUUUGUUUGUUUGUUCCUUUGCUGUUGGUCAACAUGGAUCCCAAGAGUAAAAUGAAAUCCAGAGCAUGUUGGGGUGGGCCUUGAAUUGUUAUGUGACUCCACUAAUAGCCUGCAGGUUGAGUACAUACAAUAUAUGUGUUUGUGUGUAUAUGUACAUUUGUGUGAGUGGUAGUUUUUAAAUUCUACCCGGUGAAAAAUAUUAAUAUAACAUUUACAGGACAUCAAAUGUGAGAUGUAGACCGGGUUCUCUCCUGGUAUGUGACUCUUUUUUUUUUCUCUCUCUCCGUGGUAGCCCAAAAGUGACACAGGAGGAGGGGAAAAAACAACAACAACAA